UCACAGAUAAGUGUAGGUAGGACUUAUAAAGGCGGCUCCCUCUUGGGUCACAACCAAUUUCCCCUUAUCCUAUUCAAUUUCUCAUAAAAUCCUCACAUUUCUAUCUUUAGCUUGAUUCCUACACCCGAAAUCUUUAGACCCAAGGAAUCCAAGGAGAUGGAAGUGGUGGUACCGGUCCCUGCGGUGGACUUCAACGUCGAUAGCACAUGUUCAUCUCCAUACAUGACUGCUCCUUCAAGUCCUCAACACUCUGGCAAUUUCUUCUUCAGUGCUCCAGCCACCCCUGCUCGUGCUUCUUCUCUCUAUCGUGGGAUUAACGAUUUCUCUCAUGUCACCGAUUCUUCAUCCGCAGUCCCUCGCGAGUGGGAGGAAAAGCCUGGUACACCAAAAAGAGAAGGUUUUGAUGGCAGGGUCGACGGAAAAGAUCAGAGCAACACUGAUGAUGGUCAUGGGUGUGAAGAUUUCGAGUUCAACUUUAGUGGGCAGUUGGAGAGAACUUCUUUGUCUGCUGAGGAGCUUUUCGAUGGUGGAAAGAUUCGGCCUCUUAAACCCCCGCCUGGCUAUGAACAGUUUUCAAGUACCGUUUCUUCUACAAGAUCCCCAAAACCAAGAGCUUUUUGGAAGGAUUUUGAUCCAUUAGAAGCAGUCAUCGAGAAUUGUCGUAAAAGAGUUGUAGUAAUCAAAGAACCGCCACAACAGAAGCAAGAACAGGAGCAAAAUAACAUACAAUUUAAAUCACAACAACGAGGGAGAGAAAGAAUUUCUGGUUCUUCUUCAUCAUCUUCAAGCUACAACUACGUUCAUAAGAAAAGCAGAUCUCUGUCUCCUUUGAGAGUAUCUGACAUUAUGUUUGAGCAAGAGGAAAGCUCACCACAAUCCCCAAAAACCAUUGUUUCCACAUCAACCAAUCCUAAAUCUUACGUUUCUUCAAUCCUGUCAGCUAUUUCAUUUUCGAAACAUAACAGAAAGUGGAAGUUGAAAGACUUAUUGUUGUUUAGGAGUGCAUCAGAAGGCAGAGCAACAAGUAAAGAUCGCCUUAGAAAAUAUUCUCUCUUGUCUAAGAAAGAGCCAGAGAUUGUUAAAAAUGCAAGCUUCCGGUCCACUGAGACUAUUGGUUCGAUAUCCAGUUCCAGGAGGAAAGCACCGGUUUCGCCUCACGAGUUGCAUUACACGGCGAAUCGGGCUGUCUCAGAGGUGAUGAGGAGGAAGACUUUUUUGCCUUACAAGCAGGGUCCUCUUGGAUGCUUGGGGUUCAACCCUGGAAUGCAUGAGCUUUCUCGGGGUAUUGGGUCUUUGACACAUGGAUGACCAAGACUUCCUGAUCUAAUGUUAUUUUUAUAAUAACCAUAGCUCAAAAUAAUAGAAAGAGAU